GUUUUAAGUUUUUUACUCUGUUUCUCCCACAAACCACACCACACCUUUGCGAAUCUCAAGUUCUCAACCUCCUUCCUCUCAUCGCCGUCUUAUAGCCGCCGGUCAUAUAUAAUAUAUUCGCCGCCGUAGGUCUUCUCUCCGUUGGCCAUUGUGGGUUGAAGAAGAAGAAGAAGAAGAAGAAGAGCAAUCACAGGCAAUUGUGUCUGAAGAGAGCGUUUAAGGUGAAGAGAGCUCCUAUUACUUGGAGUGAAGGUCUAAGGUGAGGGAAUUGUGUCCGAGUGAAAGCAAUGGCUUACGGUGGUCCGUCAAUGAAUCCACCGGCUAUGAUGACUGGCGCUGUUCCCGGGUCUGGUAAUCUGAAGCAAGUGAAAUUGGAGAGAGAAAGCGAGCUCAGGAUCGAAGUCUCUGAGGAGCCUCUCAGACUCCGCUUGGUCAACGGGACCGCUGAGAUUUUCGGCUCUGAACUGCCUCCUGAAAUCUGGCGUACGUUCCCUCCUCGCCUCAAAUUUGCGGUUUUCACGUGGUAUGGAGCGACAAUUGAGAUGGAUGGUGUCACGGAAACUGACUAUACAGCAGAUGAGACACCGAUGGUCAGCUACAUUAAUGUGCACGCAGUACUAGAUGCUAGGAGACGUUUUGCCAAAGCUUCCACAUCCAAUGAACCAGAAUCUUCUCAGGGACCUAGGGUUAUUGUAGUAGGGCCUGUCGAUUCUGGGAAGAGCACAUUGACAAAGAUGCUUCUUAGUUGGGCAGCUAAACAAGGAUGGAAACCUACAUUUGUUGACCUUGAUGUUGGCCAAGGGUCAAUUACAAUACCGGGAUCGAUUGCUGCUACCCCUAUUGAAAUGCCACUGGAUCCAGUUGAAGGGUUUACUCUUGAUAUGGCCCUCGUAUACUACUACGGCCACAUCACACCUAGUGUCAACAUUGAAUUGUACAAAACUCUGGUGAAAGAGCUUGCUCAAGUUCUGGAGAGACAGUUUGUUGGAAACCCUGAAUCUCGAGCUGCUGGAAUGGUGAUCAACACAAUGGGAUGGAUCGAAGGUCCGGGUUAUGAGCUGCUUCUACAUGCAAUAGACACAUUCAACGCCUCGGUUGUACUAGUAUUGGGUCAGGAAAAACUCUUCAGUAGGCUUAAAGACUUCCUUAGUAGAAGUAAGAGUAAUGUUGACGUCGUGAAACUUCACAAGUCUGGUGGAGUUGUAGCUAGGGCCAGAGAAUUCCGUCAAAGUUCUAGGACUUCUAGGAUUCAGGAGUAUUUUUACGGUCUAUCGAAAGAACUCUCUCCGUAUGCCAAUACAUCGAGUUUUAGUGAUCUGCAAGUGUUCCGAAUUGGUGGUGGACCACAAGCUCCAAUGUCAGCUCUGCCAAUAGGGUCUGACCGGGUUUCAAAUCCGUUGAGGGUGACGCCUAUAAAUAUUGAUAACCGGGAUCUGCUGCAUUCUGUUCUGGCUGUCUCAUACGCUGAAGAACCAGACCAGAUUGUCUCAAGCAAUGUUUCUGGGUUUGUGUAUGUGACGGAAGUUGAUAUACCGAGGAAGAAGAUAACGUAUUUAGCACCAUCGCCAGGGACAUUACCUAGCAAGUUCUUGAUCGCUGGAUCUUUGUCAUGGCUUGAGUCAACGAAAUGAUUUAGUUAGGGAAGAGAGAGAGAUGCAUGUUUUGUGCCUGGAGAAUGAUGCAGCAGCUCAAUUAUGUAACUUAAAAAUUACAAGUAGCCAGUCCGUUUUGUCCUAUACAAACCGCACAAGGUUUUCUUACAGUUCUGAGUUUAAAAGAUGAUUGCUGUGGAUUAGAUUUGUUUGUCUUUUUGUAAUUUGUUUCUUUUUUAAAAUGAUUGAAAUAAUGUUAUUAAUUCUCAACUGCGUUAGUUCUA